AUGAGAACAAGGCCAGGAGAACAACAAUUUGCUGCAUGGCUUCUGCAACUUGGGAAAGGUGUUUUACCUGUUCGGGAGCAAGAACCUUUCCAAGGUGCAAUUGAAGUGCCAUCCCAAUGUGUGAUACAAAAUGAGUGUAUUGUUGAUACUUUGUUUAGGGAUCUUUCACCGGAAAUUAUGGCAUCAUCUGUGGUACUAACACCCACAAAUGAUGACUCACUUAUCAUUAAUGAUCAGGUGUUGGCGCUGUUGCCUGGUGAAGAAAAAGUUUAUUUUAGCGCAGAUGAUGUUGUGUGUGAUGAGGAGGAGGAACGGAAUCAAUAUCCGGUAGAAUUUUUAAAUAGUAUCACACCUUCAGGUAUGCCUCCUCAUUGCCUUAAAUUAAAAACUGGUGCCAUUGUUAUGUUAUUAAGAAACAUAAACAUAAAUAAUGGUUUAUGUAAUGGCACUCGACUAAUUAUAAGACGUCUUCAUGACAACUGUGUCGAUGCUGAAGUACUCACUGGAAAUGCCAUUGGAGAUAGGGUACUUAUUCCAAGGGUACAACUUGCACCUUCGGAUACAGGUAUGCCUUUUGUUUUACGUCGCAGACAGCUUCCACUAAGGCUGUCUUAUGCUAUGACAAUAAACAAGGCACAAGGUCAAACCUUUGAAAAGGUUGGAAUAUUGUUGCGCAGGCCAUGUUUUUCUCAUGGUCAGCUGUAUGUUGCUUUUUCUAGAGCAAGAGCAUUUGGUGUUGUUCGAGUAAGUGUUGUUCCCUCAUCCAGCAGAAAUUCAAUACUUUGCACUUUAUAUCUAUCUGCCAUGUUGUACAAAGUGCAAAAGGUUGACGUGUUAGAGUAA